AUGGACCUGAUAUGCCGAAAACGGGCUGAGGGGCCGCCGGGAUCCUCCAAAAGCUUUGCCGUCGGCGAUGCUCGCUCAGAAGAGAGUAUGGAGUACGGAGUAUGGAGUCGAGAUACUGGCACAUCGACUGGCCUUGAUUUUGAUAAGUUGACCUCUUCAGGUUUUCUGCAUUCAAAUCUUAUCCGCGUUAUUCUUUGUUGUGCUCCGAGGUCCGCAGUUUCCGGCGCUUCAGUGGUGUAUCCAUACCGAGCUCUUGGUCGCUGCGCAGUGGAGUUACGAACCUCUCGCUGGGGGAAGUACAUCAAGCCCUGGCCCCUGUGGACAACGAACCCAAUCAAGCGACCGAAAAGCUGGGAACAACUCGACAAUCGACCUCCAACCCCGGUCAAGACAGAGGAUAACGUUGGACCGGAGCCUGGUACCCUGGCCGAACCGACAGACAAGGGGAGGAAUCGGCGGUCAAAAUCUCUGGAGUCCAAGGCACGUAUCUUUGGUGUCAGCAGAAUGUCACCGAUGGUACUCCGUAUACCCAAGCUGGGCACAGCGCAAAACCCUGAAUCCCGAAAGGCUUGGGCCGUCUUUGAGGCAGAGAUCUCUGACCGCCGCGUCAACCAAUCGACCCAUCAGCAGAGGCGGAGGCAGAGAGGCAGAGAAAAUGGCAUGAAGACGCUUGAGGGAGCUCCUCCACUAUCCUCCUCCACACUGAGCCUGGGGCCUAGUCGACGGCGACACACGGACCAGGGGAUGAGGUUAAGCUGCAUCUGGCGUAGAACGGGUCGCUGGGUAGGCAUUGCGUAG